UAACAUUUGUAACUCUUGGAUGACCGUGGAAAAGCGCCGUAAGAUUUCGACUUGUUUGGUCAAACGAAACAACUGUUUUCUAGGAAAAUCUUAUCUAUCACGAAUUCCAUUCCAUACUUUAGAUCAAGAAGCAGACGUCCGGCUAUCCGUACAUAGAAAACGACUGCUUGUUAGUCUGUUUGAAGCCCUACUUAAAUUUAAAUAGAAUACCUUAACAUGGAAACGGACACUGUCACUAGUCUCCAGAAUCUGGGAUACUCCGGCACGUUCAACGAUGUUGCUCUGUUGGCACGCCUGCUGGAUCGCAAUGACCCUGGGUACAUAGUAGAAAUGAGUAAACUAGUGAAUUUUCUGUCAGUUAAGCUUAAGUCACUUUGCCAACUGGAAGAUAUGGUUAAUGCAAUUGAGAAACCUGAAGAAGGGGAUAUGUUUUGCAUGGAAUUGGCUGGACUUUUACGAGAACUCUACUGUCCUUAUUCUGUUUUGAUGGAUGGUCCACCAGCAGCAAGACUUGCAAACAGAGAAAACCGCCUGAAAUUGUUGAAUUUUCUUAUUUCUGAAUGUCAAGCUGCUAUAAUGAACAAUCUUGAAAAUCAGUUGGAGAAGAGUUUGCCAAAAUCUGAAACUCCAACCUCUGAAAAACUGAAAUCUAGUUUGAUGACUUUGGGCUUUAGCAAGCCACCCUCUGAUAUCUCUGCUCAGCAACUAUUCAAUAAAAUGGGUGUAAAGAUUAGAGAAAUUUUAGCGUCAGCGCCCAAAGGCUACCCGGGACCUCCUUUACUCAAAACCGCUCUUACAGAAAAACAAUGGUCUCAACUACAUCAACUGCUAGCAGAGCUGAACAAGGACUACAAACUAAGACGAGAAAUGUUAUUGACCAGACUUGACGUAACGGUCCUAUCUUUCACGUGGUCUCCGAAUGUGAAAUCAAAAAUGGAUGAAGUAUCUGCUGUUUACCAACCGCUGAGAUCUAGCAUGCAAGCUGAACCCAAAGUGACAAUUAGCCGCUUGUUAUCUGCCAGAGAGGAUGUUGCUUACGAGCAGAAAACGAGUAGCGCUUCCGUUAGGGAGAAAACGAAAACUCCUCUUCAAAGAAUGCUCAUUGGCGCGGUUCCUGAUCGUGGAGGUCGUCCUACUGAACAACGCCGGCCGCCACCCGAAAUGCCUGGAUGGCAGAAACGUAAACCGGAUGGAGGUGGUCGAGGUGGAUAUCGCGGUGGUGGGGGAGGAGGUCAAAGAGGAGGUGGCCGCGUCCAAGGAAGUUGGAAUCAAGGAGGCAACUCAUGGAACCAAGAUCAGAAGCCACAGUGGCGUGGUAGAGGCACAACAACCCGAACAGCCUAUUCUCAUCCAACAAAUUCAACAAUGAAUAAAUUUGGUGGAAGAAGCGACAGCAAACAAGUGGCUGUCCCUGGUGGAGUACCUGGAGUACCCAUCACUUCAUUAGAACAACAGAGAAAACCAUACAUUCCAUUAGGAGAAAUCCGCCGUAAUCUACCGAACCAGAUUAGACCUGCUCCUCCCGUUCAACAACAACUGCUUAUACCAAAUCCAGGACCAUCAAGUUAUCAAAGCCUGCCUGCGUUCAAUCAGCAAAUUUCUCAGAUCAAUCUCAGGCCAGUGGCAGUGAAAGAAGAUGCUGAUGAAGAGUUGUCAACACACAUGACUGAAGAAGAGUUAAUGAUGCUGUCUGUUCCUGUGCUAGCCAGACGUUUGCUAGAGGCCCAGAGUAGGAUUGCAACCCAAGCAUCAGAAAUUAAAGGUCUAAAGUCUUCAUAUCAAAGGCUACAAGAAGAUAACCAAGAACUGAGAGAUCUGUGCUGUUUCCUGGACGAUGAUCGUCAAAAAGGACGUAAGCUUGCCAGAGAAUGGCAGCGUUUUGGUCGCUACACGGCGUCGGUAAUGCGCCAAGAAGUCGCAUCUUACCAAAAUAAACUCAAGCAGCUCGAAAGCCGACAGCAAGAAUUAACUCGAGAUAAUGGAGAGCUUAAAGAAUUAUGCCUUUAUUUGGAUGAAGAACGGAAUGAAAUCCAGCAAGCACCAUGUGCCUCUUGUGGCGCCACUCCAUCCCCGCCACCUACCGAAUCUACCAUGGCUGGUAUAAAUCAACAACAACAACCAGUACGUGAUGAUGGCGAUGGUAGCAGUAGCAGCACCAACGCAGAUGAACCCCAUCUAAGCAUGCAUCCAUCGCGAUCGCAUCUGUCGGUCAACCGCCCUCAAAGCCUUUCCGGAAUGGUCCACCAGAGGGUCAUCCGCACCAGCAGCCAAGAUCGAUUACUUGAUGACCACUCCCAAAAUCGUUCGAUGUUAGCAGAGCAACUGCUGCAGUAUACUCGCCAGCUCGAGCUGCGCAUUCUUCAGAUGGAAGAAGAGCGGAGUGGCCAAUCGGGGAACGUUAGCCGUCAACCUCAGCAACAGCAAAAUCAAAGGCUGCGCCCACCUCAUCCUCCGCCGUAUAACGCCGUCCACAAUCAGCGAGCUGUCGAACUAGGUAUCCGUUCAGACGAGAUACAGCAAGAAGAAGAUCAACUCGUCCAUUCUCGCCCUGAAGCCGUCACUCGUGCUCUUCGUGUUCUACAGGUCAGAGAAUUUCUCGAACCAUCUAGUUUGGGCGUCAUUCCUUCUGUAAGUCGCAGCUCGUCCCGUCAGAGGAGCGGACUUGUCACUCCUGAUUCAGAGUUGGCCGACGAAGAAGUUGACCGCCUUGGCCAACAAGCUUCCUCAGACGGAGAGGCUCUGGGUGACGGUGAACGUGCUCUGGUUCACGCCAUGUGCAACGUGGUCUGGAGAAAAUUAGAGGAGGCGCCGUCUCUUUAAGAUGUAGAAAACAACAAACAGAAGAAAAUAAAUUACGUUAUUACGUUGACCUGAUUUGCUCCGGCCCCCGAGUGACGUUUUCUUCUUUUAAUUAAAUUUUUUUUUUUUUUUCUUUUGACCCGAUCAAGCCGUCCCAAAACUCAUUUUUCGUGCCAAGGCGAUUAUUUUGUCGUCUCUUUACCCGAUUCCGUCCACUUUUUUUUAUGUGACACUCUUUUGUAUGUAAUGAGUGUCGUUUAAUUUCAUAUCUGCCAUUUUUCUUUUCCUUUUACUUGACAUUCUUUAUUACAACUGUCUUCAUUCCGAAAUCGUGUUUGGACUGAAGCCCUACCUCCUCCCUCCUUGCCUCUUUAAUUGAUUCAAUCAUUGUUAAACUUCAUUUUUACUUUUCCAUACGGAGAAACAAAUACAAAAUCUAUUUAUUCGCAAA